UUCAUUUGCACGUUACUAUGUCGUUAACCUAUUCCCACAUUUCCCCCUCACUCACUCUCCACACUCCUCCAGAUCCAUUCCACCACCAUGACAUCACCACCACCACCGGAACAACCACCACCUCUCGACCUUCACCCACGGCGCGAACCAUUCGAGCACGGCCUCAUCCCACUCCAAAAACUCAUCUUCCCAGACCCCACCCAAACCUUAACCACUCUCCGAACCAAACUCCUUCAAAACCCACUCUCCACCACCCGUCAUCACCCGCACCGAGUCCACCCCAAUGCAGUCAUGGAAACGUUACAGAUCUCGCCCCAACACACCCGCCUUCUGUUCAAUACAAUCGCCUCGGUCCACCCCUCCGUCUCCGACCCAAUUGUGACUGCGAAACCAGAUAAGGUGGAUUCUGUUGGUGUCAAUGUGUAUGAUCUGAUUCUGUUUUUGUAUAUUCAGUCGUAUAAGAGAUUGCUUCCUAAAGGACAUAAAGAUUCCCCUGCUAUUGCCGAUGUUUGGCCCUCUAAUUCUGCCUUUGAUGGGUUCUUGUCGGCUCUUACGCCGUUACAGUUGGCACGCGGCAACGUGCGUAGGUCUACGCCAUCUCAAGCUGAUGAAGAAGCUCAUCAAUUAUCGUAUCUUCAUAAGCAUCUGGGCAACAUAAUAUCCCUUUUGGCCGAGUCUGUAGAAGGCCAAACUGAAGAAGAUUCACUGGUUUUGACAAUGGAAAACUUUGAGCAUCUUUCAUUUCUUUUCUAUUUUGGUGACAAAGGGUCGGAGAAUAUUCCGUUGAGCCAACAUGCUCCAUUUUUUGCUAAUUCAGACCCUGAUAUGCCCGCUGCUCCGGUUCCUGCAACACAAGUUCAUGACUGGAUUGAAGAGAAUAUUAACUCUGCAUUACAACGUAUAUCUGAAAGAGUUGCUGCGAAAGAAAAUGGGCCUGGGUCUGCUAAUGCUUCCGACCAUGAUGCUUUGAUGGAUAAUAAUUAUGCAAACACAAUUAAGCCUUCAAUAAGUCAUAUCGAGGGAAUCUCUAAGCAAUCAUAUGUAAAACAAGCAUCUGAACUUGAUACCUCUUUUGUGAAGGUUAUAAAUUGCCAUGAAUCGGUCAUAUAUCUCUUAGCUCCGUUAAAAUAUGCCACGGUAUAUGGAUGCUCCGAUGCAACUAUAGUGCUUGGUGCUGUUGGAAAGGCCGUGAGAAUCGAGCAUUGUGAAAGAGUUCAUGUGAUUUCAGCAGCGAAACGUAUCUGUAUCGCCAAUUGUCGUGAAUGUGUGUUUUUCUUAGGCGUAAAUCAGCAACCACUUAUUGUUGGUGAUAACCAUAAGUUGCAGGUGGCGCCUUAUAAUACAUUUUAUCCACAGUUAGAGGAACACAUGAAACAAGUUGGCGUUGAAGCUAGCCCGAACAGAUGGGACGAGCCUAUUGCACUUGGUCUGGUGGACCCGCAUGAUUCGAUUUCACAUCCAGCUGGCGUAUCCGACUGUCAAACUGAAUUCGCUACUCACUUAGAACCUGAUCAGUUCACCAAUUUUUUGAUUCCGAACUGGUUUCAAGAUGAAGGAUGUGGGUCCACAAAAGACAAUCCGUUUCCGCUGCCUGAUGUGUACAUGUCAUCUCAGCAAAAGAAUGACAAAAACUUGGUGGAAGUUAAACAGAUAUUGAAAGAAACACAACUGGAAGAUAACAGAAAGCGUGAAUUAUCAACCGCGCUUCAUGUCUACUUCAAAGACUGGUUAUACGCCUCUGGGAAUGUUAGGCAACUGUACUGUUUACAAGGAGAAUAGCAAUGUGAAAUGAAGUUGGAAAGAUAUACAAACUUGAGUCUGGAAUAUGAUUUUGCUAAUUUAAUUUUUUUUUUUUAUAAUUAUAUUAUAUUUUGUGUAAUACUUCCAGUUCUAGAGCUCUGAUUCUAUAAUGUAACAUUUUGAUCUCAAUUUUAUUUACCAAUUAAUUAAUAUAUAAAUUUGUUGUUCAUCGUUA